AUGUUUUCUAAUUUCAAUUUUGAUAAGAUCACUAACUCAAUUAGCACAGCGGCACAAAGUGCUCAACAGAAGAUUAAUGAUACCAUUCUUACUCCUGAUGUUCAGACUAAAUUACAUUUCAAAAAGACAGCUAGAUUCUGGCAAGAAAAGGUUGGUCAAAUCCCUGAUAAGGAGAUUUCAAAAUUACCUGAAGGUUACCUCAAUCUAGAGAAUAAAGUUGAUGCGUUAGAAAAGAUCUUGAAGAGAUUAUUGAUUGUAACAAAGACUUAUGAAAUCGAAGGUUACGAUUACCCCCCAAAUUUGAGCGAAAGUUUGAAUGACUGGUGGUGGAGCGAUUUAAAGAAGAGCAAGAAACAUCAAGAGAAGAGCUCUUUCAUGAAUAAUUCUUUUCCAAUGGCAAUUAGCAAAGCAGCUUUUGAUUCUAAAUCGAUCUUGGAUGAUUUGAAGGAAAAGCAACAGGAUCUUCCAAAGGAAGGUGAAGAGCCGGAAGAAGAGGUCGAAGAAGAGGAUGACGAUGAAUUUUUGAAUCUACUCGAAGUCUUCAAUUCACUCAGUAAUUGUUACAAAAAUAUUGACAAGAGUAAGGCUGAGAUGGACGCUAUGAUCGUUAAGGAAUUUAACUUUAAGCUAGAACACUUGAUUAAUAAUGAUUUCAAGAAGGUAUCGAAAUUACGUACAAAAGUCCAAGAUUCUAGGUUAGAAUUUGACACGUUGCGUCAUGAAAUAAAAUUGAAAGAAUUGGCGCAAGAAAGCAUCAGGCAGGAGAACUCACAAAAGACUGACGUCUUUAAGGAAGACUCAACAAAGGAGGUGCCACCAAAGGAAGAGUCAACAAAGGAAGAGCAAGUAAACGAAGAGUCAAACAAGGAAGAAACCGAAAAGAAGAAAAUUACAGAAGACAAGCCUGCUGAAGAUGUCGUUGAAAAGAAGACAGUUGAAGAACAAGCUGAAGCCAAGGAAACAGAAAAGCCAGCUAAAGAAGGAAGUUCCAAGGAAGAGGCCCCUAAGGAAGACGUGAAGCACAAUGGUUCCUCAGAAGAAGAAACAGAAGAAUAUAAGCUCUUGGAGAAGUUAGAAGAUGAAUUUGUGUCAAACACUGGUGCUGCAGUGGAAUUAAUGACAGAGUUAACAGAGACUUCUGAAGUUAUCAACUUGGUCAAGCUAUUCCAAAACUUCCAGUUGAUUCACUACAAACAGUGCGUCCAAGAAAUUGAAAACAACAUGAAGUUUUUGGACCAACUUGAAUAA